GAGCACCGCCGCCCCGCACCCCGCUCGGGGCCCGCCGCCACCGCCGCCGCCUCUGCUCGUGUUGCCAAUAAACCGCUGUGCUCCUGCCCUGCCUGCUCUCUGCGUGCCUGCCUGGGGCCGGGCCGCGGGAUGCCCGGCUCCCUGCCACCAUCCUGGAUGUCCAGAGCCUGCCCUUCCAUCUGCCUGACCCGCGGGGUUUGGGCACACAUUCCUCCCCACGCGUGGGGGCUGUGCCACAGGGACCGCGGGCCAGGCUAUUGUCAGCUCCUAGAGGCACCUGACAAGCCUUUGGGGUGCAUUGUGCUCCUACUGGGAUCACAGCAGAAAAUCUGGUGAUCCCUAUGGUCUGGAGGGUGUCUCAGCCUUCACAUGCCCACAUGUCAGAGCAGUGUGGGGACAGCAGGCUCACCUGGUGUGGUGCACAUGCCGCAGGAGAGGGCCCUUUGCCAGCACCCAGGAAGAGAUGUUUCUCCUCUCUGUGAGGCAAGUGGCAAGGAGAAGGAAGUCUCUCAGCCCUUCCUGCCACUCCUUUAUUUAUCUCCAUUUUUCAGUGGGCAUCUAGAUCUGCAGAUUCACUGCUCAUAUUUAGGGUUUGUUGGGGAGUCCAUGGAAUUGGUGUCAGCAACAGUUUUAUUGCUUCCCAGCAGGCUUUAAAUGUCUUGGUAUAUUCUCCAACUGUAAUCUUAGCUUUUUCAUAAUGGCACUGUCAUGCCUGAAGUGUACGAAGCACCUGGGUUACUUAGUGUUUGUUAAAUUUUUGAGGCUGUCUGACAUCAGCUGGUUCCUUGUUGACAUAGUUCCUCCUUCAAGCUCACAGUUUUGCUCUCCGUAGGAAUCUGUUUUCUAUUGUUUGAAUAAGUGCUCCUCCAGCUUUUUCCUCAGCUCUCAUGUUUACUGUCAGAUUGGGCUGCACAUCAGGAAGGCUUGGCUGCUUUUGGAGCAUAGUACCUGUGGAAAUGAGUGCUUUGUAGCAGCCCUGCAGUGGAGUGGAACAGCCAUGAGUCACUGCCCUUAGGUGUAGGGGCCAUAGCAAAUUAGAUUGUUGUCAUAUGAAGAUUGAUAGAUGGAAGGAAAGCAGCUCUCUCUUGGCUCCAAUGUGGCUGCUCUGAGGUCCUGGUAUAUCAGAGGUACUGCCAUGGCCCAUGCAUUGCUUACUGUGGAUGUGCCGAAGUCCUGAGAUCUCCAUGGUUGGAGAUAACUCAGUAUUUAUCUGGAGAAGGCCCUGAACUAAUUAGAUAUUGAAGUUGGCCAUGCAUUGAAUGGGACAGGGUUGAGGCAGAGACUACCAGAUGUUCUUGCCUAAAUUACUGAGAUUCUUCAAUCCAAAGACUGAAUGGGAGCCAGGGUACCACAGACAUCCCUGGGACUGGGUCUGUACUGGGCUAACCUCUUAACUUGAGAUCCAUUGCUUGUUUCUGUUCCCAGCUAGUAGCAUGGCAUGUCUCAGAUCCGUUCCUGGUCUCAUGACUGGCUGUGGUAACAGCUCUUUUUCCUCUGAUACCAGGAUUUCUCAAAUGAAUAGGUUUUGCUACACAGUUGGAGGGAUUUGCUGGAAUAUACAACUCUUCCCAGGAUAUGUGCUCUCACAGGAGCAUCAGCACUGUUGAAUCAGCCUGUCUGGUUCAUCUCCCAGCAGGGAUGCUGGGCAGCUCGCUGCAGUAGAGUUCUGUCCUUUUCCUUUCAAGGAGUCUUACUAGUUCCCUAAGAGGAGGCAGGUUUUCUGGUUGGGUGCUGCUAUUCCAGGCUAUCUCAGGGAGGUGAAGCCUCCUGGUUCUCAGGCUGAUACUGCUUCCUCCAGCAGCUGCUGUGGGGUGCAGCCUUAUAAUAGAUGGAGCUUUGAUACAUUUCAUUAUUUUAAAUACUGGGGAAUUCUGUUUGCCUUUUUUCUUUGUACUGUAUUUUGGGUUUUUGUUUUUGUUUUUUUCAGAAUAUGAUGCCCCAGGAACCUGUAUUAAACUUUUCUGGAGUGGAUUUGUGUAUUCUAAUUUAGAUGACUGAUUUAUGUGGCGUGUUAGUGGUGCGUUUCUUCCCACCACACAUUUAAUGUAGCAGGAGAUGGCAGUGUCCUCUGUGUCCUCCUCACACCAUGCUGUCCUCAUCUCCUGAGCGGGCUGGGUGCUGUACUUAGGGUCAGCAGAGAUCUGUUGGUGGUGAUCCGAGACCUUUUCCCAGAGCCUGAACUGCAGAGAAGCUGGUUUGAAGCCCCUUAUGAAGGUGCCAGAAUUGACCUAGAGGGCCUGAACCAAUCUGUAGCUUGAGAAAGGUUUGCGCUCUGAGAUGACAGACACUGGGCUUGUAGUGUUCAUUGCCUGCUGGACAAGCAGCCAGGCCUCAUGGAGUGAUUGGAGCAGUCCAGCAGUCCUCAUUAGAGGCUCCAAGGUUUGGGAAUGAGCUGUAGUGUUUUGAUCUCUGUGGAAGACAAGGUGUAUUGGCAUCACCUGUUGUGUGGUGUCAGCAGAAGAGGGAUCCAGAGCUUGAUUCAAGCUUUGUGUAGCCCAAAAAAGUUACAGUCUCUGAUCCAGAGUACAUCUUUUAAGCUGAAUAGAUUGGACCAGACUUCUCAAAGAGUUCUAAUUUUUAGUAAAUACCCUUUGGGCUCUCUCAGUGCCUACUGCAAGCACACCCUUGAUUUUAGGAAACAGUUUUACUGAGUAAAAUGUACUUUCAUCCCCUUUAUGUUGCAGGUGAUUGAACCUGAUAAUUCAGUGAGCUGAGGUGAUCUCAAGAGAAGAAUGUUUUAGGAGACAGCUGAGUUAUUGAGGGAGGGCUGCAUCCUAAGAGGUUUGCAAGGCUGAAUUUUAAAGAUCCCAGAAGAUGGUGUCUGCUUGCAUCCUGGUGCCAAGGUACUGACGGCAGUGGAUGUCACUGGGGUAGUUGUCUCACAAAGAGAAGAUUGGCCCUGCCAGCCUGGGAUUGCUGCUGCUCCACAGAUCAGUGAGACAGGGAAGGUCACAGGAGUAUGGGAGGUCUCCAGAUUCACUGAGACUUUGUGUCCAAUUUCCAAAAUCUGCCAGCAGUACUGCUCUGAGCUCUGUGGGUCCUAGGACCUGGGAACUUGGCCUUGGAGUACAUGAAAGCUUUAGGGUGGCUGUACCAUGAGCUCACCUUUCCACUCACCUUCCCCACCACUCUCUCCCUGUGCAGUCUGACACAGUUUAUGUGUUUUCAUUUUACAUCACACAGGUGUGAAGCUAGUAGUUGACAGAAUCCUCUUUUUGGAGGAGGAGAGGAUUAUUGUUGGAUAUGUCCUGAAGCAAAAGUUUGAGAAUAAUAUUCUGGAGAAAUAGUGGAUAGAUAAAACUCUGAGGCCUGCUUCAGAGUCAGGCCUGUGGGAGGUCUGAGGUUCACCUUGGCUGGGGGAUAUCCCAGCCAAUUUGGUCAGUGCUGCCCAGAGCUGCUGGCCCAGCCCCAGCGCAGCUCUGUGACUUUCCCUGUGUUGCCCCUGUGCCAACAGGUAACCAGCACACACCUCCCUACCUUUGUAGGCUGUUCUGCUUCCUGGCCUUGCCAUCUCCUGGCAGGUACAUUGCUGACAGAGCAGUAGGGACAGGUGUCAGCCUGCCUUGCUGACAGGGUUACAAAAGGGAUUCCAGGACCAAACCCAUUCCACAAAACAUAAGGAUUAAAUAUUGAAAUCCUUGGCAUUGCCUGUGUGCUUAAAAGUGCUGAGGAAAAGGGCUUUAUCAAGAGAGAGGAUCAGCUGAAAUUGCGAAUUGUCCCUUGGGCUCCUGGUUCUUCCCAUGGAGCAUCUGUGCUCCCCUACCUUUGGCUCUGCUUCCAUGAGGCACUUCCAACCCUGUUGCUGGACCAGAAGACAGGGGAUAGAAGGGAGCCCAGUGAACUGGGACAGCAAGGAACAGGAGAGGAGCAGAUAAGGGAGCAGAUUUUUUUGCAGGUUGCUCAUGGAAGCAGUUCUCCAGUUAGGGCAGUGGGUGGGGAGAGUAUCCCCAGACUCCAGGUGUAUCCCUGUGCUUGCUGCAGCACUUGACUCAGCCAGGCCAGGGGCUGGGCACAGUUCUCUGUUCCCUACUUCUCUGUCAGCCAGCAGCCUGCCCUUUUUGGAUUUGUGUUUUGUGUUGGGGCCACACUGUCUGUCCUACAGAUGGGCCAGGGCUUCAGCAGCCAGAUUGUAACUGGAAAUCUGCCCUUAUAGCUCAGCUGGAAGGAACAGCAGCCAGUGCCCCAGACAACCCUCUCACUCUCAUCCCUCAGAGCCCAUUUGUGAGCCUGUAAUGUGCUGACCAUAAUAAAGGGGAGCUCCCAUGAUGAGGGAACGUUUCCAUCAUUUCCAUGUAACCAUUAAGGGGAGGAUCUUGUGCUUGUCCGUACUGGAAUCACUCACUCUUCUGCCUCAUGAGCUGUUGAUAGCAGCACCUGAGGAGGUCAGUAAUCCUCCAGGAAGUGAGUGAUACAUCCUGGUCUUUUAUUUAGCCUGCUCAAACAGGCCUACUUCUUAAAUUUAACGGCCUUUAGCAAAAAUUUUACUGUGUUAAUUAAAAAUACUAAUACAGUGAAUUAUUUAUUAUGGCAAGUAAUUCCACAAAAGGGUACAGAAAGAAAAAAUUCCCACAAGAUCUUAGUAAGGUACAACAUGAUAUAUUCUAAUAUGAUUCCACAAAAGCCUUCAUGGCUAAACCUCAGGCUUUGUCCCAGCCAAAAGCAAACAUCUUUCAUGUGAUUUCAGCAUAACAGGGUGUUACUGGUUCAGUGAUGGUCUGGAAGGUUAGGAAGUGAGUUGUAUUCACUGCUUGUUGCUUUUUUCUUCUCUCUUAAAAGUCUCAUCAUUCAGAAGCAGAAAGGUAAUUGUAAACUACCUGUAGCUUGCAAAAUGCAGCUGGCAGUGAGGCAUAAUCCCCCUGCAUGCUCACAACAAUGGUUGAAGCAGACUUUAUUUAAAGGAAAAUAAGUAGCAGCUAAGUAAAUGCACAGGAGGGAGUAAUUUAACCAACCCAUUGGAUGAAAGUCAGGGUAGGGCAAGAGGAGUCAUGGGACUGUUUAAAUCUCUCAGAAAUGUGAUGAGUUAAUGAGCAAUAACUACUUUAUGUACCAUUACUGGGCCCCUCCUACACUCAGGAGUAUUUCUACAUUUCUCAUGCAACCUGCUUGUGUGACAAAUCCAUACACACACUGCACCCAAUUAGCGUCAAGCAUUAGAGCUGCUCUGCCUGUCUCACCUCUCUAAACCCCUCCUGGAAGCAAUUUUCCCAGCAUACAAGGAAUAAAUCACCAUUUUCCUAAAUCUCUCAGAGGACAGCUCCCAAAUAAAGGCCAAGUAAACACAUGUAAUACAUGAUAUUCUAUUCAUUAGGUAAUCUUCCCAGCAGUAGAUGCAGGGUAUUAUCUGCUUUAAGUGUGCAAUGUUACAUGAAAUUAAAAAUGUCAGGGGAGGUGAGACAAGGCACUUGAAUAGGCACUUGUAGAAAAGUAGUGGAAUACCUUGCUUAAACAAACACAAACUCCAAUCCUUUCCUCCUCUAAAAGAAUAACAAAAAUACCAAAAAACCACACCAAACAGCCAAACAGACUGGAAAAGAAAAAAAACCGCACACCUACUAUAGGAAAUAUAACUUAAUUUACCCAUGUCCCAGUCUCUCAAGAAGCAUUGGGAGAUGAAGUGAAGGGAGCAGAGGAGGGAAUCCUUCCCGGGGUACCAAUUGCAGCAGGGUUAAACCAUUAGGUGAAUUUGACAAAUGACAACAUGACCACACCUUGUGUAAUCAAUAGCCACUGUGCUAUUGGAGUGUCCCAAGGAGCCUCCUUUGACACUGGCUGUCUCUCUUCACAGACAUUUUCAGGUGAGCAAACAUCUGCCAACUUCUGCUGUGGUGCACUGGAGGAAUUUGCCCCGUCCUUUCCUUCUCUUGUUUCUUUGUGGUAAAGGCUGGCUGGCUCAGAAAGCAUCACCUGCCAGUGAGGGAGCUGCUGCCCUGAAAAGCAAACAGCCCUGGGGUGGCUCCAGAUAACUUGUGCUGAAGAGAUGUGUGUCAGAGGUGGCUGAGAAAGGCUCCAGGGGAGCACCCGUGACCUUACAGCACAUACAUGAUGAGCAGAGCCAGAGGCUUAGUGUUGUCAGUGCCCUCUGUGGCUGCUGGGGACAAGUGGGGUGGAGGGCACAUUUCCCUUCACUGUCCCUGGCCCAGCUGCACAGGUGUUCCACCUGUGCCUCCCUGGGAUGCCCUGAGCAGGAGUGUGGCAUGCCUGGGCUUCCAAACCGCUGUCAUGGUGUCCCUGCUUAGCUUUACCAGAGCCCAGGGCCUCUCCCCACAGAGUGGGUUCCAUGUCCCCAGUACCCCCCGUCAUGUCCCAGAGAGGCCAAACAAGCGGGCCUGGGUCUCCAAGCUGAGCAGGGGCUGUGCUGGAGCAGCCACGGGCAGGACUGAGGGGUCCUGGCUGCUCAGGGCUACUGAGGAACAUUAGUGCCUGAGGCAGGCUGGGAGCUGCACAGCUCCUCUCUCCGUGCCAGCAGGAUCAGCCCUUGGCCACCUUGGCUCAGGGACAUGGGAGCACAGAGCUGGAGUGUGACCUCGUAGCCAGAGGAGCUGCCGCUGCUCAUCCCAUGAGUCAGGGGAGGCCACGUGAGGCCCCAGCCCCGACGCCUUCCCACCCACUGGGAAUGCUGGCACUGGGAUCCUGACCCAGCAUCCUGAGCCACCACACAGCCUGAAGAGCUUUGCAACAACCACAGAGAGGCACACGGUGCGAAAGGAGAAACACAAACCAGGAAGAAACUCAGCUUUCACUGAGGCUACGGCCCUCCAGGACAUCUUCCUGUGGAACCAACUGCUGGGACCAACCUAAGACUUGCAGGCACAGCAAUGGAGAAUUUGGAUGUCCCAAUCCCAGAUCUUACUGAAGAACAGCAAGACAUUUUUCAGAGAGUUUUUGCUGCUGAUGCCAAGUACUUGGAGAAUCAUGAAAAAAUGAACCAGUCCUUCUGGGAAUCACUUGUAAAAUGCUUGGCUGCUACUGACCCAGCUAUCCUGGAUACUGAAGAAAAGAACAAUCUCCUUAACAGCUGUGAUGUCCUCCCUGGAGGCUGUGCUGCCUGCCUGGAAACCAUAGAGAAGAAAGGAGUCAGGGCAAUGGCUCUUCUUUACCUUUUGCUGAAGACUUCCAACCCGUCUGCGUACAGGCAGCUGCCCAGCUCCAAGGGAAAGGAUGAAAAAUUGAAACUCCUGAAGAGAUUGGAAAGGAAUUUUGUAUAUUCAGAAGAGGACAAAAAGUCUGAAAAGUCAUCCCAUAAGUCCACGGAUGAAGAUACACAAGACAGUGAUGAGGAAGAUUUAGGAAGACAGAAGACUGAAGGCAAAUUACUUGAAGGAAUACCAGCAGAGAUGGUUCCUUACAGAGAUUCAGAGAUUGCCAGAAGAGAAGAUUCAGAUGCAGAUGCAUAUGAGGAGAGCACUCACCCCCCUCAGUGCACAGUACGGUGGAUGGGCAUACGGAAGGAUGAUGAAUUCUUCCAUUUUGUCAUUCUUUGCUUUGCAAUUGGAGCUUUGCUAGUUUGCUACUACUACUACAAAGAUUGGACUAUUUCUCUUGGGAUUGGUUUAAUCACCUUUGCUUCCCUGGAAACCACUGGGAUAUACUUUGGCCUGGUGUACCGAAUUCGGAGUGUCCUUGACAGCUUUGUUCCUUUCAUUGACAGAUUCAAGCCAAGAGGCAUGAGGAAAGCUGCCUAGGAGGAGUAUUUCAGGAGAGUUCCCCAAACCUGGCUGUCCAAAUUUCCAGUACUAAAGGAACUGCUUUAUGAGGUGAACCUAACCAAAUGGCCAGUGUGAAAUACUGAAAUGUGAAACCUCUGAAAAACAUCACUCCUUUCCCUCCAAAAUAAACGUGAAACUGGGGUACAGGGCCCCACUGUGGAUUCUGAAGUGGUUUGGGGCUUGUCAGAUCUUGGAAGACAAUGGAGAUGUAGCUUUGUGUCCAGUUCCAUCUAAAUAUAAACACUGACCUUCUCUCUCCCAGGCUGCCAUGUGGUUGGUGGUGCAGCUCUCAUUCGUAACAAACCACGCCAAUCUGCCUGUGCUGUACCAUAAUCAACAGACCAAUAUCCUGUGCUGGUUCUGGCUUAGGCUCUGGCUGUUCCUGGAGGAAUUCUGGCCUCCUCCUCCCCCCGUGCUGCCCAGAGCAGGCAGAGCUGGCGCUGCUCUCCCAGCUGAGUGCUGGCAGUGCCGGCACUGGGGCUGAUGAAUUGAUUGUGGCAGAACCCGGAGCAGUGGGCGGGCAGUGGUUUCACCCGAGGAGAGCUGGGGAGAUGUCACAGGCACUGACAGAGUGCUGCAGUAAUGAGAUUAUUAACAACAGCAGAUUUCAUCUUUUCUCAGGAAAAACAAAGUGCUUGAUUUGACUCAUCCCCCAACCUUUUUCUUUCUUCGAGUAAAAUAAACACGGAACUUUGACAUUUGUUUCAUUUUAUAGGAUGUGUUACAGAUUUCAAGAAUGUAGGGCUACUGCAGUUAUAGGAAGACUGUAACAAAAGGGGGGUAUCUUUAAAUUUUUAGCAAAAAUGUAAGGUCUUCAUACCCACAGAAUGAUGAAGGCAACCAGUUGAACAGAAAAAGACGUAAAUAUGCACUUCUAAGGAAAUGUAAAUCUGAAAGCUGUAAACCCAAACAGCUCAGAGUUUAACAGGAACAAUUUCAAGCCUUGCUCAGAAAAUUAGAAAGGUUACUUUUUGUUGUAUGGGAUUUGAAACACUGAGUCAGUCACUCUUGCCUGCAGUUCCAGCUGCACUGCCAGAAACACCAACAGUUGCACUCAGGCCUGCACCAACACAGCACAGCUGCCACCCAGUGCCUCAAGGGCUAAAUUGUGCAAGAAGGAUGAAUACAAGUUAUUUCAUUGUAUUUAUAUGCUCAUUUACAUGUCUUUGUAGAGAUAUUCUACCAUCCCAAACUACUGUAUAUUUUCUGUUAGUCUGCAAAUAAAGUCUUGCUCAGACCACUGUA